ACAUGCAGAAUACUGAAUUACCUGUCGAUAAAACUACAAUAAUUCACAAAACCUCUUGUGUGAAUUACUUUUUACAAAAUAGUAGUUGUAAUUAGUGAUGAUGUAUAUUUUAUGCUAACGUCAGUAUCUGACAUUAAUCACGUCAAAUCUAUCACAGAACAGGGAUGUCUAUAAGGCUAUUGAAAUAUUUAGCUUAUUAUUAUCGCACAAAGCAUUAUCACUCAAACCAUGCUGUUCCAGCGCGCCCACUUGCAGCAUAGAUAGCGCACAAUCCAGUCCUCACAGUCACCUGCCAAACUACCACUACUCUCUGUUCCCUACCAUGGACGACGACAACUACUCAGAGCUUUGGAAUAAAGCGUAUUGGAUUCUGGCAGCAGUCGGUUCCUAUGUGAUCUUGUGGAUUGUAUGUAGUUACUACUGCUACCGUCAAAAUGUGAAGAGAGCCGCAGCUCGACAAGCUCAAUUUCAGGCCCGACUCUCUUAUCUCAGAUUUGGCCCAAGAAUUUUCACUGUUGGUUCCGAGACUGUAGAGAUGGAUGACGUAGAAACUGCCAAUGAAGUUCCACGUGGCCCUGAUAUGGGUGGGGGCUGUUGUUCACGUGUAGUUCCAGAUCCUCCAGCAUCUCACUAGGGGCUGUGAAGAUUACUUGCUGAUAUGUCGUUAAUCACUUCACAUGUAUUAUAUAUUUAUCAUAUGAACAAAAUGUGUA